AUGAAAGAUUGUCCAUGGCUUAAAGGUCCUCAUUGUUCAGUAUUCAACGUAGAUGUACCAGAAUGGUUUCCCUUGGUAAGUCCUCAACAGGAUAAAGAACUCAGACAAGAGGACAAAGUGGUUGUUAUGAAGACAAAUGUACAUGAAUUUUGCCUUUUGGAAAGAGCCAACAAGUUUUCAUCUUGGGAAAGCUUGAUUAGGCCCAUUACUGUACUUAUACAUGUGGCUUCUUCAUUCCACUACAAAAAUAACGAUGAUCAUUGCAAAGGGUGGCACCAUCGCCGUCUGAAUGAUAUAGCUCUAAAACAGAGAGCAGAGAAGUUGAUAAUCAAACAGGCACAAGAAAAAUUCUAUCAACGAGAACUGAGAAGCCUGAAAAGCAGCAAACCGCAACCCAACGACUCAUCAAUACUAUCACUGGCUCCCAUGCUUAAUGAAGAUGGGUUAAUCUGUGUUGGUGGGCGACUCAGGAAGGCGACUCUUCCAAUUAUCAUGAAGCACCCUACUGUCGUACCGGGUAAGUGUCACAUUGCAACUUUACUAGUAGGACACUUCCACCAUAAUAUAUAUCACCAGGGCAGACAGUUUACUGAAGGAGCAGUGAGAGAAGCUGGGUAUUGGGUAGUUGGGUGUAAAAAGUUGGUAUCUUCUAUCAUCCAUCAUUGCUUAACCUGCAGAAAGUUAAGAGGAAAGCUCAGUAUCCAGCGUAUGGCUGAUUUACCCAGUGAUAGGAUUACAUGUGUCCCACCUUUCACCAAUGUAGGGGUCGAUUGUUUCGGGCCGUGGGAAGUGACAGCCAGAAGAACGAGAGGAGGAGUAGCUUUAAAUAAACGGUGGGCUGUGAUGUUUUCGUGUCUUACCUCAAGAGCCACAUUGAAGUAA